AUGAAUUUAUCUGAUAUUAAGUGUGAUAUUCCCGAAUUGACUGGUCAUAAUUACAAAAUUUGGAAGGAGAAGAUUCACCUUCAUUUGGGCUGGAUGGACAUUGAUUGUGCUAUUCGGAAACACGAGCUGCCGGGUAUUAUUGAAACCAGCGAGCCAGAAGAUGUUGAUCUUUAUGAGCGGUGGGAGAGAUCUAACUGUUUUUUCAUGAUGCUCAUAAAGACCAAGAUAUCAAUUGGUAUCCGUGCAUCUGUCGAUCAACAUAAUAAUGUCAGAGAGCUUUUGAAAGCUAUUGACGAACAAUUCGUCAAGUUUGAUAAGGCUCUUGCCAGUACACUAAUCAUUCAGUUCUCCACCAUUAGAUUCACGGGUUUGAGGGGUGUGCGCGAGCACAUAAUGCGCAUGCGGGACAUUGCGGCGUAG